GCACUCGAGUCGACAAGGAACUCGCGUGGAAUCGUGCAUUAUACCGGUAGUUGACCACAACUUCCGCCGCGCUGGCAUAGACAUCAACAUCACAUGGCGACCUUCAACGGCUCGUUGGAGAAGCCCGACACCGUUUUUCAAAGAAUGAAACCCACCCUCCCUAUUUCGACCUCCAAACAUGCUACGACCAACAUGAACAACGACAGAAGACCAUCCCAAUUUUCCAUAUUCCAACGCCGUGUACGAUUAAAGAACACCUCCUCCAUCUCCGUCCCCCUCGUCGUCGUGCUCGGCUUCCCCAUCCUCAUCCUCAUAGUCAUCCUCCUCCUCUUCCUCCGCUAUCCCGCCCCGGCCGGCCGCAUGCUCAUGCCUCCAGGCUCCCCACCUUCCAUACGGAAAAUCAGCGAGAGACACGACAAAGUCUUCGUCACCGGCUGCGUCGAGCCUGCCGUGGAGAAACCCCGCGCCAACGCCGUCUUCGUCGUCCUCGCGCGCAACAAGGAACUCGACGGCGUCGUGCAGUCGAUCAAGUCCAUCGAGCGCCACUUCAACCGCUGGUUCCAUUAUCCAUAUGUGUUUCUGAACGACGGUGAGUUUAAUAGUACGUUCAAGGAGACCGUGCAGAACUACACAAGCGCGCCGGUCGAGUUUGGGAAGAUCAAGCCCGAGGACUGGGGGUAUCCGGACUGGGUGGAUAAGAGUGCGGCGAGGGAGUCGAUCGCGAAGCAAGGGGACCAGGCGAUUAUGUAUGGUGGCAUGGAGAGCUACCACCACAUGUGUCGAUUCUACUCAGGGAUGUUCUAUAAACACGAGCUCCUCCAAAAAUACAAAUGGUACUGGCGACUAGAGCCAGACAUCAAGUAUUUCUGCGAUAUCACCUACGACCCGUUCAUCAAGAUGGAAGAAGCCAACAAAAUCUACGGCUUCACCAUCGCCGUCAAAGAGCUCCGCGAAACUGUCCCGAACAUCUUCCGCUACGCCUCCGCCUACAAGCGGUUGAACAACAUCACCUCGCAGGGCCUGUGGGAGAUGUUCGUGCAGAAGCCGGCGACGGACGAGUUCGGCGUCGCGGCGGAGCCGAAGCCCAGGCCGUGGGUCCCGGAGAACAUCAUGAAGCCGGACCCGAAGGCGGAGGAGGAGCCCGAGGGCAAUACGGAGACGAUGGAGGGAGAGGAUUAUAACAUGUGCCAUUUUUGGAGUAACUUCGAGAUCGCGCGGCUGGAUUGGUUCCGGAGUAAGGAGUACACCGACUUCUUCGACAUGAUGGAUCACAGCGGUGGCUUCUGGACCGAGCGGUGGGGCGACGCCCCCAUCCACUCCCUCGCCGCCGGCGUCCUCCUCCCUGUCUCCGCCAUCCACUACUUCCGCGACUUCGGCUACCGCCACACCACCAUCCAACACUGCCCGGCCAACGCGCCCUCCCGGCAACUCCCACGUCCCCGCUACCUCGACCCCAUGACUCAAAACACCCGCCUGCGCAUCGAGGAAGACCACUACUGGGAGAUGUACGACCGCGAGAAGGAGAACGGCGUCGGAUGUCGGUGUCGCUGCGAUACGGAUAUCGUGGAGGUGGAGGAUAAGGAGGGGAGUUGUUUGCCGGAGUGGGUGGAGGUAGCCGGGGGGUGGGCGAGUCCGUGAGAGGGAGAUUUACAUACUUAGCCACCGUCGCGGUUUCAUUUGUCGACGUGCCUGCAUUAUCAUCAGCGAGGUCAGGGGUCAUGGGUUCCUUGGGCAUUCCUGGCGAAGAAGAUGGUUCGAUUCGGAUUUA